UCAUUGCCUCUCCCUCCCUUUUAGUGUCUCUCGGAUCUGCCGGUUCCAAAACCCUAAUCUCCGAAAGCUCCGGCACCGAUCGAAGAGGAGGGAGAGAGAGAGAGAGAGAGAGAGAGAGAGAGAGAGAGAGAGAGUUAAGGGCCACGGCGAUGGGGAAGAAGAAGAAGCGCCCGUCGAAGGUGUGGUGCUACUACUGCGAUCGGGAGUUCGACGAUGAGAAGAUCCUUGUCCAGCACCAGAAGGCCAAGCACUUCAAGUGUCAUGUCUGCCACAAGAAGCUCUCCACCGCUGGCGGCAUGGCCAUCCACGUUCUCCAGGUCCAUAAGGAGACCGUCACCAAAGUUCCCAAUGCUAAGCCUGACAGAGAAUCAACGGAGAUUGAGAUUUACGGAAUGCAAGGAAUUCCUCCUGAUAUCUUAGCAGCACACUAUGGAGAGGAUGAAGAGGCACCAGUAAAGACAGCCAAACUGGAAGUUGCAUCCACUGGGCUCAUUGGUGGAGUGGUUCCUGGUCCAGUGGGGGUCAGAUUUCCUCCCUCAUCAGCAUAUGGUGCAGUUCCACCAGCAUACAAUCCUGCAAUUCCGGUGAUGCCUCCAACAUGGCCUAUUCCAGCUGCUCGACCGCAGCCUUGGUUUCGAUCGCCAAUGGCUGUUCCAGUUCCUCCUGCACCUGUUUUGGCACCACAACAGCCAUUAUUUCCUGUCCAGAAUGUUACAAGUCCCAUGACCUCCACUUCUGCCCCUGGACUUCAAUCACCACUUCAAACUGGUCCACCUGGCCUGCCCUCAUCUGCACCACCUGUAAUAUCCCAACCACUAUUUCCGAUCAGCAGUCCAGCUGGUGCACCUCCUCAGAGUUCUCCAUUUUUGGCAACAUCUUCACCUGCAAUCGUUUCGUCAAGUUCCCCAACAAUGUUCAAAGGUGUAGCUGAUGCAAAUUCUGUUUUAAAUACUACCCUAGCAAGUGGUUAUGUGGCUCCAAAUGUUCCAGGUGGUACAUCAUAUGCAAACUCACAUAUGUAUGCAUCUGGUCCAAACACUGAGAAUCCUUCAAUUGGACCUCCGCCUGUAAUAUCCAACAAGCCACCUCCUUCCCAUCCUACCACAAAUGAGGUCUACUUGUUAUGGGAUGAUGAAGCAAUGUCAAUGGAGGAAAGAAGAAUUUCUCUAGCAACAUAUCAGGUGCAUGAUGAAACUAGCCAGAUGAACUCCAUUGAUGCAGCCAUAGACAGAAGGAUAUCCGAGAGCCGGCUUGCUGGCCGUAUGCCAUUCUAGUAUCCGGCAGGCAUGCUGGAAGUGAAGUCGGAAGGACUCGAUGAUCAUCAAGGAGCAGUUUCUUUUGGAAUUAUACAGCGGUAAAUCGAUAGUGACAAUACUUGAGAAGCCUGGUUGAGUUUGUUAUUGCAGCAGUGGGUGGGUCGUGCAAUCGGAGAUGGUAGACCAUUUUAUGGGGUGAACUUGACAAAUUGGCUGUCAAGGUUGCUAAACAGUCACGUUGGGUUCCAAGUAGGGUGAUCCAAUCAAUCUUAAUGUAAUUUAUUUUACAAUGAUUAUAAUCUGAUUGUCUUGUCAUAAAAAACCGUGGAUUAGACAAUUCGAAUGGUGUAUUGGGAGGAAAUCGAAUGGGUAGCGACCGGAUGCUAAUCUGGUGGUGGUGGUUUGCGAUAACACUUUAACCCUAUGUAUGCAAAUGCACAAAUGAUAAAAGAGUAAUGUUGGACC